AUGGCCUACGUCGGAGCUCUCGUUUGGGCAAGCCUUCUGCUCUUCUUCAGAGUGAUUCUCUCGUCUGUCGCAUUUGCUGUGAUUAAAACCAACAAUGUGUACACAAAAGGAGUGCAGUUAAUUUCUCGAAAUCCGUCUCACCUGCACGACGGAUGCCGUCUUCUUCUACGGCGACCUAUUUUUCUACUCUUUUGCGUGUGGGGCUUGGCUCUGGCGGGUCUAGGCCUGUGCAUACAGUCGCCCGAUUGCCCUCCCUGUUGCCCGCAUUCUCUUACGACCUCCACUCUUACAACCCUUCACUUUCAUCGUGUCUACACUUUCUCAGCUUUGGCUGCACUUGCAUGUCCGUUUGAGGAGGAAAGAAGGAGCUUGGGACUAGUAAGUCUUGCCUGGUCUUCUGCCCUGCCGACCGGCCGGCAGUCAGCCUCAAUUACCGGCUGGUUGGGCAGGGAUAGAAGCACGGCUUUUGCUGGAACGGCUGGUACGGCUCUUCUCAUGAGGCUGGCCAGGCGUCAAGUCGUGCCGGUAGAGGGAGUGGUCUGA